AUAAACAGCCCAUGUGUAAUGGGCCCAACAUAGAGAACCCUAAUUUCACUAUAUAAGAAAGAACCCUAAACGUAUUCAUUGCAGGCGUUGUGAGAUCCGCUAGGGUUUAGUUUUUCUACUUUCAAGAGAUGGGCAAGGGAACCGGUAGCUUUGGAAAGAGGAGGAACAAGACACACACACUGUGUGUGAGGUGCGGCCGCCGUAGUUUUCACCUGCAGAAGAGCCGAUGCUCUGCCUGUGCUUAUCCUGCUGCUCGCGUCAGGAAGUACAACUGGAGUGAGAAGGCAAUCAGAAGGAAGACUACAGGAACUGGUAGGAUGAGGUACCUUCGUAAUGUUCCUCGUAGGUUUAAGAGUGGUUUCAGAGAAGGAACUCAAGCAACCCCAAGGAGCAAAGGAGCUGCUGCCAGCACUUAGGUUUGAAGGAAGAUUUUGAUGUAUUUGAUGUUUAAGAAAACAAGAUUUUGAUAUAUGUUUGUUUGCCUAAUCAGUACAAGUGCAAUGCUUGAUGCUUUUGUUUUGAUGAUAUUUGAGAAAAAGCAGAUACUUUCUAUUGA